AUGGUCGUGUUUCCGGGGAAAAACGCCACUGUGCGAAGUGAUGAGAGUUCUCCGCAUUGUGACCUACUUGGGAGUCUACAUAGGAGCCUUGAGGAUUUGCUAUCCACCCUCAAGAGUCACUGGAGGCAAUUUGAAGGGAACGUCCUGACUUCUGCAAUGAUUGCCCAGGAGACCUCACCCCAUGAAACGUGCUUACUGCCGGAAAGCACGAAAAUUGCGGUGAAAAAGAGCGGAAGGACCAUGAAGAGGGACGUAAAUGCAUUUUUCGAGAUGACGCGCCGCAGGGAUCGGGAAAGAGUACACAAGAGACGUGCCGAUGCACGAUUUCGGACAAUCAGAGAUGAGUAUUUGCGGUGCAAGAAGGAUUCCAACUCAAAGGGGGAGACGUGUGAGAGGAUCUAUGAGAAAUUGCUGGACGUUGUACGGGACAUUGAUGAUAAGUACGUGACGAUGAAUAAAUGGAUGCAGGAAGUACGCGACCGGGAUGAGAAGGCAGCUGAACAGGGGAUGAAGAAUCUCGGGAAAAAUACAAAUAUUAAUGUAUAUUCAUAUGCUACGAAAAUUGACGUGAAAAAUGUCAUGAAUCCCAAUCAGACUGUGCUUGAGAAUACAACUGUACGUGGGGGUGUUUAUGAUGUGACUCCACGAAUGACUGAAGCCAUGGAGAACAUCACAGAAAAUCAUCCGAGCACAUCAACGGAGGUGCCAGAAGUGGCGAUUGUGAAUCAAAGGGUUGACACGGAGAUGGGGGAGGAUACCACCAACAAGGAGAGGUUCAGUGCUUUCUCGAGCAAGGUUAAUGUGCCUCGUGUGAUGUUCCAUGAGGACUUGGGUGACAGCAAUCCCUUUGAUAGGGAAUCCUUCAUGCGGAAAUUAAUUCCCGACCUCUCCCACGCAAAACCCAACAAGAAUAUCCAACGAAUUGACAAUGAUGUGGAGCCCAGGAUAUCUCAUCGGGGACAUGUCGAACCAUGGCGGAAGUCCAUGCAAUUCGACCAGGUGGCAAGUGGGCCCUUUUUCUCCCUCUGCGAAGACUACAUGCGGCAGAAAGCACCCAAUGCCGCCCCCAUUACACCGCUCAAGCCAGAUAAUCGACCACAAAACCCACCUAUUGCGCCCACCUUCACCCACUUCUGGCCCCUCCAACCCACCUCAAAUGCUCAACAUCAAUCCUUCAGUGUACCCGUCACGGGGGAAGCGUCCAAAGCAACAUCUCAAGUCGUCAUCAAUCCCGCUUCAAUGAGUACGGGUUUCCAGUCAUUUUGCUUCUUCCCACCGAGUCAACCAACGACGGGUCAGUGGGGUACGACGACGCCAAUUAAUUAUGGUCAAUAUUACAACAUAAAGCCACGCACUUUGGCCCAAGACGACGCAAAAAGUGCUGACACGGUCGGAAAUGGAUUUACCAGCAAUCAAAUGGUUUUUUGCUCAUUUCUACCAACAAUGGGUCUACCAUAUCCUGGAAUUUAUCUUUCACCCAAAACCACGCGGAGAUCCUCAAAUGAUUCAGAUGAUAUUCCUCAUUCAGAUAGAAUUUACGCCACUUUCCCAAUUUCCUUGACUACGUCAGCAAAUGUGACAGAUUCCGAAGCAAGAGAGAUGCUUUGCGAGAAGCCGGAUGAAGUUCCCUGCCGCACGGGAGCACAGUGUAUCCCGAGGAAGAGCUGGUGUGAUUCAGAAGUUGAUUGUCUCGACAAGAGCGAUGAGAUUAUGUGCUCAUGUCGCGAACGCUUGAGCCCUGAAAGGAUCUGCGAUGGCUACAUGGAUUGUCCCUUUGGGGAGGAUGAAAUGGGAUGCUUUGGCUGCGAAGGUUUCUCCUUUUCGUGCUUCGAUACUCCUGGGGAUUACCACAGACACGGCCGAGGGGCAUCCUUCCUGUGCUACACCGCCAAGGAUAGAUGCGAUGGAAUUAGUAAUUGUCUCACGGGAAAGGAUGAGAAGGAUUGUACAAUCCUGGCUAGAAAUCUUGAGAAUCACGGGGAAUUCUUUUCAUCCAAUAUGAUGGGAGUUCUUUUCAAAAAUCACGAAGGAAUUUGGUAUCCUGUUUGCAAUGAAGCAUCCCAAUGGACAAGACAAGCAUGCCCCCGAAGCACAGAGAGAUCCAAUGAAUCCCCAAAAGCUCGUACAUCCUUCGUAAAUCUUGGCCUUCCUGGGCCAUUUUUGCACGAAGGGAAAUCCCCAGAAAUUACCGACAACUCCUUCACAUCCACCUGUGCCGAUAAAAUCCUCCAAGUUGAGUGCGAGCCAAUAAAAUGCGGCAUGCGAUAUGAAGAGGAUGAGAGCCCCGAAGUUAUUUCCAGCCGUGUUGUGGGUGGUCUGGAAUCGGAGCACCUUGCGUGGCCAUUUAUUGUGGCAAUUUACAAGAAUGGCGUGUUUGUGUGCGGAGGAACAAUUUUUUCAUCGCAUUGGAUUAUCACUGCUGCCCACUGUGUGCAUCGCUUCGAGAGGUACUACUAUGAAGUACGAGCUGGGAUGCUGAGGAAAUAUAGCUAUGCACCGAUGACCCAGAUCACGAGAGUUUCUCACGUUGUACCACAUCAUGAGUACAACAAGAAUGCAAUGCACAACGAUAUUGCUCUUUUACGAACGGAAGACCCCCUCCAGUUCAACAAAUACGUCCGACCAAUUUGUCUCCCAGAUUUUGGGAGAACAACCGAAUCUGAUGAUUGGAUUUGGGGACCAACACCAGGAACUCUGUGUACAGCCCUUGGCUGGGGUGCAAUGUGGGAGAAGGGUCCUGCAGCUGAUCAAUUGCAGGAAGUACAGAUACCCAUUCUGCCCGCGUGCAAAGACAGUUUGGAUAACAUUGGAAGGAGUCUGUGUGCUGGAGAAAUUAAUGGCGGAAGGGAUGCUUGUCAAGGCGACAGUGGGGGUCCUCUACUGUGCCAGAGUAUGACUAAUCAACAGGAAUGGUACUUAGCUGGAGUAGUGAGCCAUGGGGAAGGGUGUGCACGGCCAAAUGAGCCAGGAGUGUACACGAGGGUUGCUCUCUACCUCGAGUGGAUCCACUUUCACGUGAACUCAGCUGAUUUACCAGGUCAGCAACCGAAGGAAGUUUGCCCUGGUUUCGUUUGCAUCUGGGGUGGGUUACGAUGCAUCCCCAAGAGUUAUCACUGCGAUCAGCAAAUUGAUUGUCUCGGUGGAGAAGAUGAGGUGGAUUGUGAGUAUAGUGAUGUAAUUGGAGCUUCGUGGAAUGAGACGAUGAUGGCGGGAAAUUCCACCGAGGACAAAGACAUAGAGCUGGAUUACAAAAUUGAGAUUUUCAAUUGUUCCACAAUCCCCCAGAAAAUCAACCUCAACAACCGAUGUGAUUUCAUCGUUGAUUGCGACGAUGGGAACGACGAGGUGAAUUGUACCUGCAGAGAUUACCUGCAUCAACGAGAAUUGAUUUGCGACGGACACAUCGACUGUAUGGACCGAAGUGAUGAAGAACAUUGCGAAUGUCGCAGCAAUGAAUUUCGAUGUAGCACAAGUGGUAAAUGCAUUGAAGCUACAAAACGUUGCGAUGGAGUCAGUGAUUGUUCCGCUAAAGAGGAUGAACUGCACUGCUGGGCUCUCACACAACAGGACACCAUUGCCCUUGACCGGGAUCACAAUCCAACCUUCUCAUAUGAGGGUUUCAUCAUCAGAAAUGAAGAGAAUUCGUGGAAUAUUGUAUGCGAGGGGGAUACAAUUUUGAAUGGCAUGAAUGUAAGUGAAGUUGGUGGAUUGGUUUGUACAUCACUGGGAUUUGCUGGCGUUAGCUUUGUCAAUAGCACGGGCAUCGAUGGGAAGCUCAGGGUUGAAGUUGGGAAUGAUAUGGGCAUGAGAAGUUCUGACACAUGCUAUGGGAUACUGGUUAGAUGUUCACCACAAACAACUUGGUUGCCAAUUGAUGUGCCUCUGCAUGAGACACACGCUGACACGCACAAGAUGCAGAACAUUCAACAAAUUCAACAAUUUCCCUGGCGAGCUGAUGUUUAUGUGAAUGGGGUGCUGCGGUGUCUGGGGGUGCUCCUAUCUUCACGAUGGGUUGUCACAGAUGCAGCCACAUUGGGGAAUAUUGCAUUGACGAGCGAUUAUGUAAACGUAAUACUUGGAAUUUCCCCCAAAGUUGGGAAACUCUCGCCGGGGCUACAUGUGGAAAUUCUGCGAAUUGACUGUUUGAGAAAGGAUUCCAGCACGAAUUUUGCACUUCUCCAUACGGAGAAAACUGUAGAGUUUGGUCAAAAUAUUUUGCCUGCCUCAAUGAUUCCUCAAACAUCUUCCAACAAUCUAACGAUGGCAAAUAAAAGUUCGUCUAUCGAUUGUGUUGCGGUCCAUCAUGAUUCUAUGGGGAUACUGAAGGUCACCCCUCUUGUAUCCACAAACUGCACGAAUUGUACAACAGAUAAGGGUAUAUCCGGACCUCUUUUCUGCGGUCACUACUCCUGGCAUUUUCAUGGCUUUGCGCGAAACUCCUCAGUGAUUGGAGGGAAUUACAGUGAGGAAAAUUUUGCUGAAUCCUGCAAAGAGAUUCACCCACAGCCCCCGUGUGAAGGUCAUCGAUGCUCCACUACGGGAAUGUGUUUGGGUUCGGAGAAAAUUUGCAAUGGGGCUUUCGAUUGUCCCAGUGGGAGCGAUGAGAUGGGUGAAAAAUGCCCUCAAAGGGAAAAUAUUUCGUGUCCAGUAACCCAUUUGAGGUGUGCCAAUGGGAAGUGUAUUCCGAAGGAAUUCUUUUGCAAUCAUAUGGAUGAUUGUGGUGAUUUGUCGGAUGAACCAUCUAUUUGCUCCUGCUCAAUGUAUCUCAGAUUGGCAAAUCCUGGCAAAUUAUGCGAUGGCUUCACUAAUUGCUACGACAAGGAGGAUGAGAAUAAUCAAUUGUGCCAAUGUCGCGCUGAGAAUUUCCUCUGUGGCAGCUCAAACCACUGUAUACCCAUGGAAAUGGUGUGUGAUGGAAUGCGAGACUGUCCCAAUGGGGAGGAUGAGGAGCAUUGCACAGGAAUUCGUUUUCCACUGUACAACAGUGAUGGUUUUGGUGAGAUUGUGGAGCAAUCCUUUGGCUUUUGGCACACAAAAUGCUUCUCACGGCAUGAGGGGCUCAACAAAACAGCCAUUGGGAGGAUCUGCAUGCGGGGAUAUGCCGAAAUUCGAGUCAUGGACGAUAAUUUGCGGAAUGAAUUGGAUAAUACAACAAUCUCAUCCCUCUUGGGGCCACCAACCAAGGCGGUGAUCUCUAAUAAGUUUUCACCACUUCAAUUGCACGAUGACUUUGUGAUUUUCAUAAAACCCAGCAAAUCCAUUGCAAAAGUUGAAGAAUGGAAGUCUAAGGAUUACAAAAAGUGCCUAAGGGUGGGAAUUCGAUGCAAAUAG